UCGACCGAGACAUAGAGACAUGGGAAGUGAGGCAGGCCGCGCAGGACCUGAACUGUCGGUCGGCAGCCGGACCCGACAAAGUUACUAACAAAGCACUACGCAACCUGAGCGACGCAGCCAUCACAUCGCUGACACGUUACUACAACGACUGCUGGCGGGACGGUAAGCUGCCCAAUGCCUGGAAGACAGCGAAGACUAUCCUGCUGCCAAAGCCAAACAAGCCACCGGGGAUAGAGGGCCUGCGUCCCAUCUCGCUUACGUCUUGCGUGGGCAAGAUGCUGGAGCAUGUCCUCAACACACGGUGGAACCGCUACCUGGAGGCGCAUAACGUCUACCCGGACUCAAUGCUCGGCUUUCGGGCCAAGCUGGGAACGCAAGACGCCAUGCUCCUGAUCCAAAGAGAAGUCCUUGACCCCCCGGGCGGGAUUCCGAAGAACGACAACCGAGCGAUCUUGGGCUUGGACCUGCAGAGUGCGUUCGACAACGUCCGACACUCGGCGAUCCUGGCUCAGGUGUCCCGCCUGGGGCUAGGUGUAAGAUCAUAUAACUACAUCAGAGCCUUCCUCUCCGGCCGCACGGCCCGAUUGGAGGUGGGAGGCACGAAGCUUGAAGAAAGAGAGAUGGGCAGUGUCGGGACCCCUCAGGGCUCGGUGAUCUCCCCAUUCCUGUUCAACAUAGUCAUGAUCGAGGUGGCCAGGCGUCUGGAGGCGCUGGGCCCGGGGAUCCGACACUGCCUCUACGCCGACGACGUAACCAUCUGGGCCACGGGUGGGAGCGACGGGGAUAUCGAGGCGGGCCUGCAGGCAGCGGUAGAAGCCGUGGAGUCCGCGCUCUCGGGCACGGGCCUGCGGUGUUCACCGCAAAAGUCACAGCUGCUCAUCCUGCCGCCACCAGGAAGACACAAGAAAAAGGCGAGUCAGGAAGCGGUCGAGAACAUCGUCGUGCGCACUAGCGACGGUGUGCCGAUCCCGCAUGCUCCGGGGUUACGGAUCCUGGGGAUGUUCGUGGAUGGCACCCAGACCAACGCCACGGCGGUCAAGAACAUCACAACCAAGAUGGGCAUUGCAGCACGCCUGAUCAAACGAGUCUCGUCCCGAUACCGGGGCAUGAACGAGAGGGGGCUCCUGCGCCUGCUGCAGGCUUUCGUCGUAAGCCAUGCGGCAUAUGCGGGGGCCUUCCACCGCUGGACGUGUGCGGAGCGAGCCAAGAUCGACGCCGCCAUCCGGAAAGCCUACACGGGGGCCUUGGGACUCCUGCCGGGCACGAAGACCACGGCCUUGCUGUCUCUGGGAGCACACAACACGCUCUCGGAGAUUAGCGAGGCCCAAAGAGCAUCGCAGCUGAGCCGCCUAAGCAGCACGGCAGCGGGCAGAAGACUACUAGACCGGGCGGGAUUACUACCUCCAGGCGAACGUGUGGGUACAGGACCGUACGGCGAACUGGAAGAGCAAGCCCUCCUAAGCGACGAAGCGGCGAGGAAGAUUAUCGUCUACCCGCUGCCCAAGAACACCGACCCAGAGAGAGACGAGGGCAGGCGAGCGGCACGAGCGGUGGCGCUGGCCCGUCAGCACCAACAAGACGAGGGUGCAGUCUACGUGGACGCCGCAAGGUAUCCGAGGAGACGCAACGCCUUUGUAGCGACGGUGGUCCGAGCUACUACCGGAGAACUGCUAACAGCCAGUACCGUGCGCGCCCGAACAGCCGGCCAGGCGGAGGAGGUGGCGAUUGCUUUGGCCAUGGGCCUACCGGGUACGCGCACGGUGCUAAGCGACUCGAAGUCGGCGAUCAAGAACUUCGCCCGAGGCACGAUCUGGCAGGGCACGGAGCGGCUAAUGAGGUCCAUCGAGGCCACGUGGGCCGCCCGAGGUGCCGCUGCGGGACCGACCAUUGCUCUCAAGUGGUUCCCGGCCCACAUGGGUCGGCAACUAGCACCCGACAUCGAAAACCGCAACGAAGAGGCGGACGCCGCGGCCCGUGAUCUCAUUACGUGCCGGACCGCGACAGUCCGUCCCUCCGAGACCAGCGGAGAAGACCAAAAAGAGGACUUCGAGCCCCUCACCGACUACGGUGGGAUCCUGGCGGCUUACAGAGAAGUCAGGAGAGCCUUCCCGCACCCGCACCGAGAACUCUCGCGCGCGGAGGCAGUAAAGUUCCGACAGUUGCAGACCGAGUGCGUGCUGACACCGGCUCUGGCCCGGCACGUGUGCCCCGACAUGUUCGUGGACGCAAAGUGCAGUGUGUGCGAACGUGAACUAGCUACUCUCCGCCACAUCAUGUGGGGAGUUGUAACAGUGCUAUGCACAGUGGGAACGGGCAGUGCCAGGACGCCACGUAUCCCGAAGAGGUGAGAGCGUGGAUACGCUCCGAAGACCUGAAGACGCAACGAAGGGCCAUCCAGCGGCUUGAGGAGGCUUUGGCGAAGCAACGGAGAAAAGGAGCCGACGACCCGUCCAACGGGCGCGGAGGCACCCGAGUAACUGUCGCCUAGCUGGAGCACAACAUCCUCGAGGUCUAGGCUCUGAGAUUAUCGGACUCUAAUAGCCGUAAUCUUAAGAUAGGGAACAUCCGCGCCCUGCGAGGCCGGGGACUUCCCACACGCCGGAUGUGUAAAUAAAUGUUAUUUCUCUCUCUCUU